GCACUAGAGGAUUCCAGGGGGGCAGAAGGAGGGUCCCAGAUCCCCCCAGGGAAGGAGGAGUCUGUCCCCAAACAAGCUCUAGUUUCAACAAGUGAUUUCUCUCCACACAAGGACAAACACACUGAGGCAGCUAUUUAAAGAAAGAAUUACUUGAUUUACGUUUAUUUUUGGAAGUUUGAUUUUUUUGUAGGGCACUGAUUUCCCUUCAGGGAAUUCCACAGGAAACAAAAAAAUGGGGAAAGGGACGGGGCGGGAGUAUUCACCAGCUGCAACCAAUGCAGACAAUGGAGGGGGCAAGAGAAAGCAGAAAGACAAGGAGAUGGAUGAGCUUAAGAAGGAAGUCACCAUGGAAGAUCACAAACUGUCACUGGAUGAAAUUGCAAAGAAAUAUGGAACCGAUAUUGCAAAGGGUUUAACCAACACCCGUGCAGCAGAGGUACUGGCUCAGGAUGGACCUAAUGCACUCACUCCUCCUCCAACCACACCAGAAUGGGUGAAGUUUUGCCGUCAGUUGUUCGGUGGAUUUUCUAUUCUUCUAUGGAUUGGUGCCCUUCUAUGCUUUCUAGCCUAUAGCAUACAAAUUGCAAUGGAGGAUGAACCAAUCAAUGACAAUCUGUACCUUGGAGUGGUUCUAGCAGCAGUGGUCAUUGUCACCGGAUGCUUCUCAUAUUAUCAAGAAGCAAAAAGUUCCAAAAUAAUGGAUUCUUUCAAGAACAUGGUGCCUCAGCAAGCUCUUGUAAUUCGAGAAGGAGAGAAACUUCAAAUCAACGCAGAACAAGUGGUGGUUGGAGAUCUGGUUGAGGUUAAGGGUGGAGAUCGGGUUCCUGCAGAUGUCAGAAUAAUCUCAUCAAAUGGCUGCAAGGUGGACAAUUCAUCAUUAACUGGAGAGUCAGAACCACAAACUCGUUCCCCGGAAUUCACCCAUGAGAACCCUUUGGAGACAAGGAACAUCUCCUUCUUUUCCACAAACUGUGUUGAAGGCACUGCUCGGGGUGUUGUUAUAGCCACAGGAGACCGCACAGUGAUGGGACGAAUAGCCACGUUGGCUUCGGGUCUGGAAGUAGGCCGCACUCCCAUUGCCACAGAGAUUGAGCACUUUAUUCACAUUAUUACAGGAGUGGCUGUCUUCCUGGGAGUGUCAUUUUUCGUACUUUCCCUCAUUCUUGGUUACUCAUGGUUGGAAGCAGUUAUAUUUCUUAUUGGCAUUAUUGUAGCCAACGUGCCAGAGGGUCUCCUAGCCACAGUUACGGUGUGCUUAACAUUAACGGCAAAAAGAAUGGCCAAAAAAAACUGCUUAGUGAAAAAUCUGGAAGCUGUGGAGACCCUGGGUUCCACCUCUACUAUCUGCUCUGAUAAAACUGGGACUCUGACUCAAAACCGUAUGACUGUUGCUCACAUGUGGUUUGAUAACCAGAUCCAUGAGGCUGACACCACAGAGGACCAGUCAGGAGCAACAUUUGAUAAGCGAUCCCUAACCUGGACUGCUCUCUCCAGGGUGGCUGGCUUAUGUAACCGGGCUGUAUUCAAAGUAGGACAAGACAAAAUACCCAUCUCAAAAAGAGACACUGCUGGGGAUGCAUCUGAGUCUGCUUUGCUCAAAUGUAUUGAACUCUCAUGUGGAUCAGUAAGGAAGAUGAGAGACAGGAAUCCUAAAGUGGCAGAAAUCCCAUUCAAUUCUACAAAUAAGUACCAGCUGUCUAUUCAUGAGCGCGAGGAUAGCCCAGACAGUUACCUGCUGGUAAUGAAAGGAGCGCCUGAAAGGAUCCUCGAUCGGUGCUCCACCAUCUUGCUACAUGGCGAGGAGCAGGCACUGGAUGACGAGUUGAGAGACGCCUUUCAGAAUGCGUAUUUCGAACUAGGAGGACUGGGAGAAAGAGUUUUGGGAUUUUGCCACACUCAUCUUCCUCCUGAUAAGUUUCCACGCGGGUUUAAAUUUGACACGGAAGAGGAGAACUUUCCAAGCAGCAAUCUGUGUUUCAUUGGCCUCAUUUCAAUGAUUGAUCCGCCAAGGGCUGCCGUGCCAGAUGCUGUGGGAAAGUGCCGCAGUGCCGGGAUAAAGGUGAUAAUGGUAACAGGUGACCACCCUAUAACUGCUAAAGCCAUUGCCAAAGGUGUGGGAAUAAUUUCUGAGGGAAAUGAGACUGUGGAAGACAUUGCAGAUCGAUUGAAUAUUCCUGUCAAUCAAGUGAAUCCCAGAGAGGCUAAAGCGUGCGUAGUUCAUGGCUCUGAUCUCAAAGAUAUGACCGGGGAGCAGCUGGAUGAUCUUCUUAAGAAUCACACAGAAAUUGUAUUUGCUCGGACUUCCCCACAGCAGAAGCUGAUUAUUGUAGAGGGCUGUCAAAGACAGGGAGCCAUUGUAGCAGUGACAGGAGAUGGUGUGAAUGAUUCACCUGCUCUGAAGAAGGCGGAUAUUGGGGUUGCUAUGGGUAUCGCUGGAUCAGAUGUCUCCAAGCAGGCUGCAGAUAUGAUUCUACUGGAUGAUAACUUUGCCUCUAUUGUGACGGGUGUGGAAGAAGGUCGGCUUAUUUUUGACAACUUGAAGAAGUCCAUCGCCUACACAUUGACCAGCAACAUCCCAGAGAUAACCCCAUUUUUAUUCUUUAUUAUUGCAAACAUACCUCUGCCCUUGGGUACUGUUACUAUCCUGUGUAUUGAUCUGGGCACAGACAUGGUUCCUGCAAUCUCUCUGGCCUAUGAGGCUGCUGAGAGUGAUAUAAUGAAGAGACAGCCAAGAAACCCAAGGACAGAUAAGCUGGUGAAUGAACGGCUCAUCAGUAUGGCAUAUGGACAAAUAGGUAUGAUACAGGCACUUGGGGGGUUCUUUACAUACUUUGUAAUCCUGGCAGAGAAUGGUUUUCUGCCAUCAAGAUUGCUUGGGAUACGUUUGGACUGGGAUGAUCGGUCAACAAAUGAUGUAGAAGACAGUUAUGGACAGGAGUGGACCUAUGAACAGCGUAAAGUGGUGGAGUUCACCUGUCACACUGCUUUCUUCGCCAGCAUUGUGGUUGUACAGUGGGCUGAUCUUAUCAUCUGUAAAACUAGACGCAACUCUGUGUUCCAGCAAGGCAUGAAGAACAAGAUUCUGAUUUUCGGACUGCUUGAAGAGACUGCACUGGCAGCCUUCCUCUCAUACUGCCCUGGAAUGGAUGUUGCUCUCCGCAUGUAUCCCCUAAAGGUUACAUGGUGGUUCUGUGCCUUUCCCUACAGUCUUCUAAUCUUUGUCUAUGAUGAAGUAAGGAAACUGAUCCUACGCCGUGAUCCAGGAGGAUGGGUGGAGAAGGAAUCGUACUAUUGAAGAACAGAUGUCUGGUGGAUUCCAACUGGAGUAGAUAAAGCAAAUGUCUUGGGGAUGUCUGCAUUUUUAGGGUUUCUUGAAACCUAACUGACCCUUAGAAAAGACACACAUAGUCCACAUGCUCAACAUCAACUUAGAUUAUGCUGUAUCUCUUUAGGAAGAGACGUUUAAUAAUUAAAGCAAACUGCCAUAUAAACCAACUUCUUAAUGAUGGAAUCUCCUUAUGUAUUUGUAUCAGAUUUUACCAUAAAAUUGGGACAUUUUAAUAUAAAUUUAGGUGCCAACUUUUAAAUAUCAUUGUUAGUGUUAUCUUUUCUAUCUUUUUACAGAGACUAUAACAUUUUUGUGUAUCCAGAUAGUAAAUAGACUUGAUAGAUUGCAAAGGACAGUGGACAAGAAAAUAUACAUAUAGCAGUUAAAUAUUCCAAUUGGCUAUUAAAUCUCAAUAAUUAGCAUUGAAAUUUUUUUAUUAAACUCAUUUCCAAAUCAGCAGGUUUGAUAGUGUAUGUGUGAUCAAUUUAGUACAUCACAAUUGGUGCAAGUAACCAAGAAAGUAUUACUAUCAAGAUUAUUUCUAUGCUGCCAUCGGUGUAAUAAACUAUACACAUAUGUGUACCAUAUGUUUAAACGAAGACCUUUCAUCAAUGCUAUAAAAGCUUUUAAGACUAA